AUGCCUGCCACAGAGAGCGCGGCCGUCGCCGCCAUGAGGCAUCGGCCGCAGCAGUCGGAAGGCGGGUCUCCGGACAUCCUGCCUUCGGCCUUCCUCGCUAACCACCACCGGCUGCACAACCCAGACGACCCCAAACUGCGAGCCACGCCGGCGACCCGGUCGAAGCGCUCCAGCCUCUUCAGUGGCAUCAUCAAGUCGAAGCCAAAGGGCUCCAAGCUGCCCAAGGCGCCCUCGACCAGCAGCGGCCGCGAGGAUGACGGCGCGGGCCGCGCCGCUGGCGGACGCGGCCUCGCCCUCGACACAUCGACCUGGAGCAGCCGCGCCCAGGGAGGCGGCGCUGUCGCGCCUCGCGAGCGCACCAGCUCGCGCUCGCGGAGGCACAGCGUCGGCCCGGUGCUCGUCCGAAGCGCAGCCAGCCUCCAGGCCGAUGCAGAGACACAGGAGCUGCCAGAGCUCCCGAGCCGCUUCAUCCGGGAGCAGAAUGGAGCCGAGUCUCGAUCGCCGCGGACCGUUUCGCACGACAAGGUCGUCAGCGGCGACAGCCGUCCACCCUCCGACCUGCUGCACGAAGGCGUUCUGAUGCAGAGCCACGACAAUGACCUCGGAAGCUCGCCACCGCCGACGAGCAGCACUGUGGCGAGGAACGAAGCGGCAGUGGAAAAGGCGUUCGAAGAAUCAGCCGAUGCAGCGACCAGCGGCACGGCAGAGCGCGCCCCGCAUUUCGCUCCCGCUCCCGCUCCCGCCCCUGCGAUUGCCAUCGGGCUAGCGCAUCCCGCUUCCGGCGCCUACGGCAUUCCAGCGGAUCCUCUCCGCAUCUCAACGAGGACGCCGAGCCUCCCAAGGCCAGAUGCAGAUCACUCCGGCAGCUCUCGCUCGGCUGGCUUGCCGACAUUCACCGUCAGCCCCUCAUCGGACGCGGCGCUCGUCGACAGCGGCGCCUAUCCAGCGGCCACAUCCGGCCCGGCCGACGGCGACGUGCUGCCGCAGUCGGCGACAGCCUCAGCGCCAUCGACGUCGGCCUCCCGACUGCUCUUCCAGGUGCCUGCGCGGACUGACUCCAAUCCUGGGACCAGCGCCGGUGCCUCGUCUUCGAAUCUAGCAUCAAUAGCCUCGCUCGGCGCCGCGUCUCCCUCGGCGCCCGGCUCUGCCCUGCCAUCGCUCGAUCGCCAGGCGUCGCCCUCCCGACUCACCGGGCCCGUCUCGAUCCGCUCGCUGCGAGACUCGAUGGUGCCCAAGGCGGCAGCCGCUCCGAUGUCAUCAUCAGCGGGCAACAGACAUUCGGCAUUCAGCCGCGCUGCUGGGGGCAGUCUUGGCAGCGCCGUGGGCGCACGAAGUCGGAACGAUGCAAGCAGGAUGGACGAUGAGCACGGGGAGAACGGCGAUGAUGGCGACGAUGACCCCGACUUCCUGCCGCGCCCCAAGAGGCGCGCCGAGAUGAGCUUGCUCGACUUCCUCAGCAGCGAGCCAGCUUCUGAGGAUGCACUUAGCACCGCAGCUGCAGCGGCCUCCCCCUCGGCGCCGGUCUCGAUGCCCCUGCUCGCUGCUGCCAAGGCCGCCGCGCAGUCGCCACAGCCAGCCGACUCGUUGGCGGUACAGCCCACACCGAUCGAGGGUCGCCGCAGGAGCAGUGGCAACAUCGUCCUGCCGUCCCAACAGCUCGCCCCUGCCGUCGACCGCUCUCGACGCGCUUCGGCCAUUCCGGCUUCUGCCUCGGGCUUGAGCCAGGGGCUCGACGGCGAGCAGGACUUGCCGCCUUCGCCCUCGCGGUCCCAGCCCUCCUUCCUCGCCAGGCUGGACAGCGCCGAACAGCGCCGCUCCAGCACCAGGAACAUCAACGCUUCGGCGUCGGCGCCGCCGUCGAGUAGCAGCGCGUUCGGCAAGAUGAGGCAGGCCGAGGACGGCGCCGGUCUGCGGGUGGAUCCGGUGCAGCGAGUCCGCGGCUCGUCGCCCGGUCGGCAGGCUCCCACCGACCUCGGCAGCGGCGUGUCCCUGGCCGUCGAGCCCUUGACCGACGAUAUCGUCAUGUUCGGCUCGACCCAGACCAGCUCCAACUACUCACUCUCCGGGGCUGUGGUGCUGACGAUCCCCAAGCCAAGGCCCAGGCCGGCGCCACGGCAGCCGAGCGGCGAGCCGCUCGGCCUCAGCAGGGCCGCCAGCAUCCACGAUCCCGCCUCGCCGACAAAGAUGCGGCACACACACGCUGCCCACCGUCACACCGCCAGCCUCGCCAGUCCGGCGACGGCCGCCUCUCCUUCCCGAGCCGGGCAGAGCUCGAGCCUCCUGUCGCCCGGAUCGAACCUCGCAUCCUCGGCGCUGAUCGAGGAGCCAGCGCAGAGCACGUUCCACGAGGGACGCCCUGUCGCAGGCCCGAGUGCCUCCCCGGUUCGCAUCACGUCGCCCGAUGAGCCGCCGCGUUCCGCUUCGACGGCGAGCCAAGACCUGGCGGGCGAAGCCAUCGAUGGCUACCGACCACCCGAGGCACGGGCGACCGUCAAGGUCGAUUCGCUCACCGUCACCUUCUCCGGCUUUGCCAUGUACGUCGAUGCCACGGGCAGGUUCAACGCCAUCAAGCUCGCCAGCGUCUCUCAGGAGCUGCUGCAGAGCGGCGGCUGCGUCUGCGAGGUUGAUGCAGGCUCGGACGGAGUCUCGGCGCAGCCCGAGACACAGGGCCAGCAGCAGCAGCUCCAUGCCAGCCGUUCCGAUGCCGACCAGCCGGUCAAGUACGACAUCGAGUUCGACCUGGCCGUGCCCGGCUGGCUGCCGGGAUCGCUGCGAUCGCGCUUCGGCGGCACCUUCUACUGCCUACAGGCGGUCGCCGUCAUCGAUGGCCGCCAAGUGAGGUCCGGCUCGCCCUUCGAGUGGGCACCCGCAACGGCAGGUGCCGCGUCGCUCUUCUCGAACCCCUUCGCCACGAGCAGCGCUGCCAGCGCCAAAGCUGGCGCAAACGGGCGAACGAAUUCGGACGUCUUUGGCGAUGGCGGUCUCAGUGGGUCGGCACCGGCCACGCUGCGCUCCACCGUGCGCUCAGCGGCCGAUCCCCAGGGAAGCGUGGCAUCGAGCACCAAGUCCGAGAGGCCCAAGAGCAGCUGGCUGGGCAAGAGGGCCAAGCAGCUCCAGCUGCGCACGCCAAAGAAGGGGUCAAGCGGAAGCGGCGCCGACUCGUCCGCCAACCGCGGCCUCGCUCCCGGCCAGAUUGACUCGGACCGCAGCGCACAGGCGGAGCUGCUCGCGAUCGAGGAGAAUGGUCUCGGCAAGGCCCGCAACGAGGUCCAGGCGGACGGCAAGCGCAGGAUCGAGAGCGGCGCCAUCACCAUCGUCAUCCGCCGCUGCCGCGACGUGGUGCCCGUCCCGGUGGCGCGCAUGGCCCUCAUCGGCAGCGACCGCAACCUGCCCGGUCUCGCCGGCCCGACUCCGGCCCUUCCUGGUGGUGCCUUCCAGAGAUCGGCCACGCUUUCUUCGCUGACGGCGCUCGCUGCCGCGGCACACGGUCCAGCGUCAGCCCGAGAGCCAUCGACGCCAUCGAGCGGCAGCCGACCACCUGAGGCGAGCCUGGUUCAGAGCCAGAGCUCGGACACCUUUGUGACUGCCGCAGGUGGCACACCGAGCGUCUCGCCCAGCGCGUCUGGCGCAAUCCCUGCGGCCGCGCCUUCGCUGCUGAUGCCGGCUGCACAGAUCGGACCCGAUUCCUCUGCCGUUCCGGCCACGGCCGCGACGCCAGCUGGGCCCGUCGGCGACGUAGGCCCGGUCCGUCCGGCUUCGAGGGACGAAGAGCCGCCCAUGUUCCCGCCUGCGCCCAGCGCCUUUGACAUGCCGAGCGACCCCACCAAGCGGGCCGCCGCCGCUGCCGCCCUCACGCCGUCGGCGUCGACGGCAAUGCUGCCACAGACCAACGUUGGCUCGCUGCCCAGGAGCGCGACGGCGGCCAGCAUGUCGUCCGACGUCGGCAACACGCGCUCCCCGCCACGCACCUCGUCGCGAGGCGCGCGCUCGUCGGCUCCGAUGCGCCACUUUCUCCAUCGACCGGUGCUCUACCCUCCGGCCGAGUUCGGCAUCUUUGGCCAGGGCAGCGGAUCCGAAGGCCUGCCGUUCUCUCUCACCUUGUCGCUGCCGUCGCACGUCCAGGUGUCUGGGCCCAAGAGCGACACGCUGAGCUUUGGCGUGCAGAUCGAGGUGAGCAAGUCGGAGGGCUGGAACGUCGUGCGCCAGCUCGGCGGCCUCCGGCUGCGCGACAUGGAGCUCGUCUGCCUGCAGACGGAGCGCCACAGCUCGGUGCCGUCCCGGACUUUUUGCGCCACCUUCCCGGUCCCGCCACCGCCCAACAAGGUGCUGCCCAGCGAGGUUCCCAGCAUCGCUCCGAGCCCGAAGCGCGAGGCGCAGCUCUCGUCGAUGCCGGGCACCGAGGUGCGGCUGCGCCACGGCUACGACCGCGACCUGGUACUCAACCACCUCAGCCUGCUCAGGCAGGGUACCGCGCCCGAUCCGCUCGACAACAACGUCGAACGCACGAGGACGACGAUCGUGGGCCCGCCGCCCUCGCCGCCUCCGCAAGCCGAGGACGCAGCGCACCAGGGCGAAGAGCGUGGCUCCGGCAAAGGGGCAUCGUCGAGCGGCGGCAAAGACAAGGAAAAGGGCAAGGGCAAGGGCAAGGGCAAGGCCAAGAGCAAGGACCGCAUGUCGACCCUUGGCGAUGCAGAUGCACGCCGAGCUGGCUCGAGUGGGCCAGGUUCCGGCAGUGGCACCCCGGCCUUGCCCCCGGCGCCUUUGGGUGCUGGCGGCGAUGCCGGCCCGAGCGCCGCUGCCAGAGCGCGGGCAAGCUCGUCAUCGCUCCGAGCCGGUUAUGCCGCCACGGGAGGUCCUGACGAGGGUCUCGCUCCGCCGCUGCCUCAGCUUGACGGACGCUCCUCGCCCCUCUCCUCGACUGCUGCACCGCGCUCUCCGAUCGAACCUCCCACGUCGGGCGGGCCGAGCGCUGCCACCGCGGCCGGAAGCUCGAUGUCUCGAGCGUCGCACCUGCAGGCGGCCGCAAACAGGCUGAACGCAGCCCAGGCCCAGCGAUCCGGCAUCUCGGACGGUUCUAUCGUCGAUGUUGCCGACCCACGGGAUGCGUCCGGCCAGGGCAGCCAGCGGGGCCCGUCGCGCGGGAGGCGAGCCUAUGCCAACGCGCUCAGCCGCCUGUCGAACUUUGCCAGCGCGAUGCUCGAUCCGAACCUCGACGGCAACCCGAUGGGCGACGGCGCAGAGGCCAGGAGCGCGGGUGCCAACGGCAGCUCCCACACCCUGGGCGACCAGGGGAUGUCCGAGGACGUCGGCUCGCGCGCCACCUACGUCUUCUCUGGCGAGGACGGCGACGGCGUCGAUCUCACCCGCGGCCGGGUUCGGAUGACGAUCAACCUGCCACUGGCGUCGUCCAACGCCUCGGUGGCGCGCAGCAAGGGGAGCGCGCAGCUGAUCCCCGACUUUGAGAGCCCCUACGUACGGAUCCGGCACAAGCUCAAGGUCAAGCUGGGCUUCGGGCUGAGCCAUCGGGCGAGCGCCGAGGAGCACAACUGGAGCCAGGCGCUGGUCAUGUGCGUGCCCGUGCGCUUCACCGAGUCGCCGCCCAAGGAGGUGCAGGACCAGUUUGCCCCCAUCACGGUGCAGCCGCUGCAGCCGAGCCGCGCAGGACCCUCGACGUCCACGUCUGGUUCGCCAUCGCUCCUCUCGACUUCGUUUGCCCCUGUGCCCUCGAUUGCUGCACAGGCCGACGCUGCGGCGGUGGGCGGGGUGCCGCUGCUGCCGGCCUACACGCAGCUGUUCCGCGAGGACGGCUCGCGGCUCGCCGAUGAGGGCGAGGACCUGCCGCAGUAUCCAGGUCGGAUGUCGGUGAUUGGCGAGAUUGACGUCGACGAGCGGACGAGCGCGCAGGCGGCCGCAAGCACGCAUGCCAACGCCCGUGCAGAAGCAGCCGCUGCGCCAUCAUCGUCGGUCAGAGGCUCCCACGGGGUCAGCACGAUCCCAGAGGACGGGAGCGUCGCCAGCGGCAUCGAUCGAGGCCCGGUGGGACGGGAGCGCGUCGCAUUGCGCUCCGAUACAGAGUCUCGACAGCCACCCGACGACGGCCGAGCUGCAGGCCAGCAGCCUCCGACAACGGCUGGGCUCAUGGCGGCUGCCAACGACGCCGAUGCCGGCGGUGUCACUGCGAGCCAGUCGUAUGCGUCGAUGUUUGCGGAAGCGCUUGAGCGGGGCGGUGCCUCGUCGGUGCCGACGCCCAUGGACCGCUCGACGAGCCUGCCGGGUCGGCGGGGCCUGAUGCGGGGCGCGGCCAGCCUGUCGCCGCUCAAGAGCUCGACUUCGAACUCGUACCUGGGACCGCACACGGCGGUUGGCGGCAGUUUCCAGCACGUCAGCCGGCCUCCGAUGCGGCAGCGCUCUGCGACGAGCGCGUCGAUCGUCACCUUCAGCCGCAUCGUUCCGUCCGAGGUGCUGGACGAGGCACUGCUGGUGAAUGCGAUGGAGGACGAGGAGGCGCGGCGGGACGCGGCGCGCGUUGCCGCCGACGGGCUCGACGACGACGACGACGAGGAGGAGGAGGAGGAUGACGACGAUGAGGAUGGCGAGGGUGCGGAUCGCGAUGACGAGGAUGGGCUCUCGCUCGGCGGAGGGCAGACGGACGCCGAGACGGUGAGCGAUGCGCGGUCCGGAUCUGGACGCAGCAGCGGCGACGGCGACGGCGACGCUGCUCGGUCCGAUGGGCUGGCGGCCAGCGGUGGCGCCGAGGCGUUCGAAGACGACGACGACGACGAGGCGGGCGACAGGACGGUGCGGUUCGAGGGCGCUGCCGCUGCUGGUGCCACGGCCUGA